AACAAGGGGCCGAAGGGGUUUUUUAAAAGCCGGAGUUUUCGGGGGCUGGAAUCGUAGUGUAUAAGUGGAAGUGGAUAACUUAACAGCGUCACAUUCGUCAACUUGAAUUCAUUUCUCCAAUGGCUUCUCCGGCCAAGAAGCUAAUCAACAAUCCUGAAGAUGUAGUGACUGAGUUUAUUGAGGGUCUUGUGGAAACUUAUCCCGGAUUACAGUAUCUGGAUGGCUUUCCAGAGGUGAAGGUUGUUUUGCGUUCUGAUGUUUCAAGUAAAACCAAUGACAAAGUUGCAGUUAUAUCAGGUGGUGGAAGUGGCCAUGAGCCUGCUCAUGCUGGAUUUGUAGGAGAAGGGAUGCUUACAGCUGCUAUUUGUGGAGAUGUUUUUGCAUCUCCACCAGUUGAUGCUAUUCUGGCUGGCAUUCGAGCUGUGACUGGUCCCAUGGGGUGCCUCCUUAUUGUCAAGAACUAUACAGGGGAUCGUCUGAAUUUUGGUUUGGCCAGUGAGCAAGCAAAAUCAGAGGGCUACAAAGUAGAGAUGGUUAUUGUUGGAGAUGAUUGUGCUCUGCCACCACCUAGAGGCAUAGCUGGACGAAGAGGUUUGGCAGGGACAAUAUUGGUUCAUAAGGUUGCUGGAGCUGCAGCUGCUUCUGGACUUUCUCUUGCUGAUGUUGCUGCAGAAGCAAAACAUGCAUCCGAGAUGGUCGGGACAAUGGGUGUUGCUCUUUCUGUAUGCACGUUGCCAGGCCAAGUCGCCUCAGAUCGUCUAGGACCCGGGAAAAUGGAGCUUGGGCUUGGUAUACAUGGGGAACCAGGUGCUGCUGUAACUGACGUUCAGCCUGUGGAUUCUCUGGUUUCUCAUGUUCUUAAUCAGAUAUUGUCACAGGAAACCAACUAUCUUCCUAUCAAACGAGGGAGUAGAGUGAUACUUAUGAUUAAUGGAAUGGGUGCCACCCCAGUUAUGGAAUUGAUGAUUAUAGCUGGAAAAGCUAUUCCUAAAGUGCAGCUGGAGCAUGGACUGGCUGUUGAUAGGGUAUACACAGGAUCAUUUAUGACAUCUCUUGAUAUGGCAGGGUUUUCUGUAUCUAUCAUGAAGGUGGAUCAGGCAAUUUUACAGCGACUAGAUGCAAAAACUAAAGCUCCACAUUGGCCUGUUGGAGUUGAUGGUAAUCACCCACCUGCCAAAAUCCCUGUUCCUGUACCACCAUCUCGUUCAGCGAUAACUGAUGAGACCUUGAGUCGACCACAACAGCUGAAUCAACAAGGGCGAAUCCUUGAGGCUGCUAUUGAAGCAGCAGCAUCUGCUGUUAUUGAUAUUAAGGACAAUUUGAAUGACUGGGAUAGUAAAUCUGGUGAUGGAGACUGUGGGUCAACAAUGUGCAAAGGUGCAGUGGCUAUUCUUGAUGAUCUUAAAAAGCACUAUCCCCUCAAUGAUGCUGCUGAAACAAUUAAUGAGAUCGGAUCCUCUAUCAGAAGGGUGAUGGGCGGAACCAGUGGGAUUAUAUAUGAUAUAUUCUGCAAGGCUGCAUAUUCUAAUUUGAAGGCGAGGAGCGAAUCAGUCAUAACACCACUGUCCUGGGCUGAUGCUCUGGAAUCUGCUAUUGCUGCAAUCAGCAAAUAUGGAGGUGCCAGUGCAGGGUACCGCACAAUGCUUGAUGCUCUUAUCCCAGCAGCUUCAGUUCUGAAAGAGAGAUUGACCGCUGGGGAUGAUCCUGUUGAUUGCUUUGUUCUCUCAUCUGAAGCAGCGUUAUCUGGAGCUGAGGACACAAAGAAUAUGAAGGCACAGGCUGGUCGUUCAAGUUAUGUUCCUGCAGAGAUCCUUGCAUCAGUUCCGGAUCCAGGAGCCAUGGCUGCAGCUGCUUGGUACAGAGCAGCAGCCUUGGCCGUGAAGGACAUGAACUAAUUACACCUGAAGAUUUGAAGAUUUUAAACAUAGUAAUUUUGUGUUCGUAACUUUAGUUAGUCGGGGUUCUCCGCUUUAUGCGUUGUGUGUCAAGCUGUGAGAAAAAGUUCGCAUGUCAGAGUUUAUAUGAACAAACAAAUGUUCAGGAGUUUUGAUGUUUCAUAUAUAAAAGUAUGUGAAAUUGUAGGCUUUUACAUUGAAAAUCUCCAGGACGGGGUUGUAACUUUGGUUGGUCAUAGUUUAAUAUAUGAAUUUGUAUAUUUAGACUCA